CUGAGCCUAAGAUCCAUACGCACUGUUACUAGCAGACAACUAUGAAAUAACAAAUUAUAGGCAGUUAUCUAUCUAAAGAUUUUGAUGGCAUUUGACUGGUAAACAAUGUAAUCAAGAGGGGAGAUUAUCCAAUCACGGAUUGUCAGAAACACAUGGCAAGCAACUUGAAAUUUGGUUUUUGAAGCGCACCAUGGCAGCUCGCUCAAGCUACAAUGAAGAAAGGAACCUCCUUCGCAUCCGAGAGUGGGAACGGCGGAACCAGGAAGCCCUCCAAGAGAAGGAGUUCUUCCAGGAGAACAUUCCACUCUUUGGGGAACCCUACAAGACGAACAAAGGAGACGAGCUGUCCAGCCGUAUUCAGAGGAUGCUGGGUAGUUAUGAAGAUGUGAACAACCCCAACCCUCAUCAGUGUUUGGACAGCCUCUCGAAGGACCCGCCAUCCCAUGUCUCCACAACAUAUGUGAAACCAUCUUACGGAAGAGACAGAGGGAAGCCUCCAUUCCAGCACUCUCCUCAGUACGGGGUGGGCCAGGGUGGCGCUGGUGGUCCCCCCACCAGCAGCCAUUUUUCACAGCCUUUGAAGAAGCUCCCUGGUCCCCCACCCUCCUAUGUCCAGUCCUCCCUGAGUCUCAACCAGGGUCAGGCCAGCCCCGACUUCCUCCAGAGGAAAGGUGAGCCCUGUCCCUGGCCAGACCUGAGAGAGUGUGCCAGUCUUCCUCCGGUCCUCUCUGCUCUCUCCCCCCCAGCUGAGCCCCUAUCUCCCCUACAUUCCAGUGACCCUAGUGACUCUGAGCCCCAGGACACCCCUGACAGACACAUAGGGUCCUCACUGCACCCUGAGAGGCACCCUGCUUCCCCCCUUCACCCUGACUCUCCCAUCCCCAUGGUGGUGUCCCCGCUGGAUGACCUCCAGAGAGACAUCCCCCUUGCAGCCAGUGAGGGGACAGCUCUACCCUCUCAGACCUUCCCUCCACCGUUGGCCUCUAUAUCUAAGGUGGUCAUGCCCCAGAAGCCCACAGCUUACGUGCGGCCUAUGGAUGGCCAGGACCAGGUGACCAGUGAGUCUCCAGACCUCAAGCCCUCUCCAGAAGACUUCCAUGGGCAGUCUUAUCAUGAACCUUUACCAGAACUAAAAAGCACCAAGCCCAGCCUUAGCAAACUGAAGAUUCCAUCACAGUCUAUAGAGACUCUCUCAAAUGAAGCUCACUCUGUGGAGGAUAUUCUGAGGGAAAUGACCCACUCAUGGCCUCCUCUCCUGACUGCCAUCCACACACCCAGCACAGCUGAGCCUUCUAAGUUCUCCUUCCCAGUCAAGGAAGCACAGCAUGACCGACCUGCAUUUCCAGGACAAAAACACUAUGAAUCACCUCCAGCAGUCCCCUCCUCCACGAACUGUGAACAGAGCUCAUCUACGGUCAUAACAGCACAUUCCAGUGGGGUUGAGUCAGCUAGCUCCAGUGACUCAGAGAGCAGCUCUGGAUCUGAGUCAGACAGCGAGAGCGGGACAGAGGAGCCCCCACAACCCCUGAGGAUCAGCAACCCACCUGUACCCAAGGCUGAGGGCCCCGUGGUAACUAACUGGCAGCUGAUCAACUGGAUCAGAGGAAGCCAGCAGAACUCCACUACAGAGAGUCAGAGUGACGCUGUGCACACCACUUUACCCAAAGUGCAGCAGGGCCAGGAUGCAGAGGACGAGGGGGAAGUCGUUCCUCCGAGUGAUUACAAAUCCAAUAAGGCCCUGCACGGCCCGGAGUUCAGCGACAACGAAGCCAAAGUUCAGUGCAGCGAGGAAACUGCCCACAACCAGCAUGUCCACCACACAUCCCCGGCGACCACACGCGUUGGAGACUGCAGCGGCCAGAGAAAGACUGUGGGUAACAAACACCCCUCGAGACCGGUCAAGGCUCCCCAUCUGGAGGCCCCUCAGGCCGGGCUACGGGUGGAGAGUGUGGAGGUCGCCCCCCGUGACAAAGACCCCUUGUUCACAGACCGGCCAAAGGUCAAAACGAAAACCGGGCAUGGCAGCUGCAAGAGCACCAAAACGGACAAAACUGACAGCAAGAAGCCCACCAAGCGCAUCUCUUCUGAGAAGAGGAAGACGAAACAACUGAAGUCUGAAGGCGGCGGUCCAAAGGCAACUCUGGUACCUAAGAGGGAGUAUUCUCCCAGUCCUGCCCAGAGGGUGGACCAGGCAGUUCCAUCCGUGAAGACUACCCCCAGUGUCAGGACAGAGACUCUCCCGGCCCUUCAGAAGGGCCAAAAGAAGCCCCGGGGACAAUCUCCAGGAGCAGCACACGAGGCCAAACAUGAGUCCCCAGCCAAAGAUUCCACAGGCUCCCAGGGGCCUCCACAGACUCUAAUGGUUAAGAUAGAGCUGAGCCUGCUCUCCCGGGUCCCUGCUCAGAACUCCAGGCUUUCUCAGGGGUGCCAGGACUCCGCCACCAGGAAGAGAUCCAGCAUAGCCCUGGAGAGGGGAGACACUGAACCGGCUGCCCCCAUCCCCACUAAAGUUAACAAAAAGAGACCGGCUGAAAAGGAUGUGAAAGCCCCUCCAAGGAAGAAGUCAAAGCCAGAGGAGCUCAAAUCCUCUUCUUCAGGUCCUAGUUCCCGCAAGUCUGAGAUGCCUAAGAACCCAGAUGAGGAGAAGCCUAAGAAGAAGUCUAAAAAGGGUUGUCCAGUCCCUGAGCAGCAGCCCAAUGCCCCUCAGGAUCAUGGAAAAAAGAUGGGGGGGCACAAGCGACCUGCAGGACUGCCUCCUGAGCCCAUUGCCGCCUCAGCAGCUAACAGCAGAAAUAGGCAGGCCUUCACCAAUGUCAAGCAGAAGAGCACUAGCAAACAUCGCACAGAGCAUUCUAAGACUGGCAAGAAGGCCCCCAUGAGCAGCUUUUCCUUCUCCGUGCCUGCCCAGCCCACUGGGGCUGCCCUGUCCUCCCGACCCCUGCUAAAGUUUGAUGACAAGCUGCAAGCAGUGGAGUAUUAUAUGAAGGAAGCCAAAAAACUCAAGCACAAAGCUGACGCCACGUCAGAUAAGGUUGGCAAAGCUUUCAAUUACCUAGAUGCUGCCAUGUCAUUUAUGGAGAGCGGCAUCGCUAUGGAAACUGAUCCCCAGACACCGAAGUCAGCGUACACAAUGUUUGCAGAAACCCUGGAUCUGAUAAGGUUUAUAUUGAAACUGAAAGGUUCUGUAGACCAUUCGUCCCCCGCUACAGACAAGGACUUUAUCGUUUUAUGUAUGAGGUGCCAGUCCCUUCUACAGAUGGCCAUGUUUCGCAACAAGAGAGAAACCGCACUUAAGUAUUCUAGGACCCUCACAGAUCAUUUCAAGAGCUCCUCUAAGUCUGCGGCUCAGGCUCCCUCCCCUUGCGUUUCAAAAAGCACGGGCACCCCAUCCCCAAUGUCUCCAAUGCCGUCCCCUGCCAGCUCUGCUAGCUCUGGGCCCGGCUCCAACCACAGCAGUGGGGUGGGGAUGGGCACUAUGAGCUCCGUGGCCAUUCCACAGGUUAUCCAGCAGGUGGCGUCGUCCUACGUCAACAUCACAGCACUCUUUCUGAGUGCUCACGACAUCUGGGAGCAGGCUGAUGAGCUAGCCCACAAAGGCAGCGGUUUGCUGUCAGAGCUGAACUCUGCUCUGGGCCCGUUGAACUUGACCUCCAACAUCAGCUCUCUGGUUCGUCAUACACGGCAGGGAUUGCAGUGGCUACGACUGGACAUCCGUGAGGCCAAGUGACCCUAACCUUAACCGCUUCUGAAACCCAUCCCACACUACACUCCUAAACCCUGCUUAGCCCUACCCACAAGUACCUAGCCAUGCUCUGCCCAGCCCUGGAUAACGCUCUCUUCUAUUUAUUAACCAGCCAUGAGAUAAAAGAAUGAAGUUGUUCAUAUGGAUGUCAGGUCACAUAGUCAAUUGUCCCCCAACUACACUAAAUCGGGAACAUCAUUGAGACUCUGCAUUUCCCAAUCUUGCGUACACACACACCCGUUGGUUCCAUGGAAGGAUCAACCAGCAAUGCAAUCUCAUCCACUUGUGGCGCUCAAAAGACAGAAGGACCCGAUGGACUGAUCACAGGUUAGAGCUGUGGUGUGCUGAACGUGACUCUCAAUUUCUGUGCAACUGGUCACACAGCCAGCCAACCCUUUUUUUUCCUGUCCUGAAGAGGGGUGAGGUCAUCUCCAUGUGGGAUGGUUGACUGGGAAGCCUGCAUUUUGUUUGGGAGUAGGGGCCUCUCAUCCUUCUGUGGUAAUGCAGUAGUGACUACAUUUAUUUAUUAGCUUUAUCAUGAUCUUUAUUAUUACUAUCAAUAUUAUUACUAUUAAUAUAUUGUUGUUGAUGUUUCUAAGUUUGUUUUUGUUUGAUCAAAAGCAAUGUCUUGGCCAUUGUUUACUACUUCACUCAACUGAAAAGACCUAAAGAACUAAAGGUAUCCAUCCAUUCCAGACACGUCUAUAAAACUAGUAGUUUUUUAUGUUGGUCAACCCUGCAGAAUAUAAGCAAGUACCUUUCUGCUCUCCCAUUAUGUAUUUCAAAGUGGUUAUAUUGUGGUUAAAAUUGCCCUGAAAUAUGGAUGUCAGUAUUCCAGAACAUCUUUCUUCCUGCAGACAAUAUGGCCCUUGACACUUGGCCCGUGACUGUGUUCAUUAGUAUCCUCCCUUUUUCUUUUCAAAAGAGAUGGAAUACAUCUGCCAGGACAGGUCAAUUAUGUAAAUUGAAGUCAUAAGAAAAGAUGUGCUUUGACUUGAGCUGGUUAUUGUUCCUUUUAUCAACAAUAACUGUUCAUUAUAAACAGUGUUGAUAAAAAACCAGAUAGUCUGAUCACAGUUCAGCUGGUAAGUAGCACUGGUCCCUUCUCUUCAGACAGAACAGAGUACUUAAUUAACUCUACCUCAUCUUCACUGCACAUGGAAACAAAACUGUCUAAGGAGGGGGGGGGGGCUUAGUCUUUUUGGAUAUGAGUGUACAUACUGUAGUAUUUACUCUAGUACUUACUCUAAUUGGGCAAUCUCGUAGAGAUUUUUGCUGUGUACAUCUUCCCAUUUUUUUUAUACAGACACAGCAUCAUUCAGUAGAAAACAAACAUGUGCCUUAGAUGAGACUCAAGUCUGUCCACUACUUAUUGAAUGUAUCGUUGACAAAGCGAGUCCCACCAACUGAUGUCAAAUGAGUGAGUGAGUGUGUGUGUGUGUGUGUGUGUGUGUGUGUGGUUUCAGUGAAAGUCAGUAUAGCCAGCCAAAGUCCUGCUCUUCCCUUUACUAACAGCCAUGAUGUUGGAAAACUGAUGCAUUGUGUGACUGGUAACCUGUGAGCAUGCAACAACAGGCUCCUGUUCAGACAUUACAUCUUGUUCUUGCAUACAAUUAUGGCACCACUCCGAUUUAAGUUUUUCAAAACCCGUCAGCACGUAUCUGAAUGAUUGCUACCUUUUUAGUACAUUAGAUGAAACUGCAGUAUUUCCCAUUUGUCAGCAGAAGUAAUUGAUUGGCAGAUUAAUUGCUUAGUCUUAGAACUGACCUCAAAAUGACCCUAUGGACCCCCAUUAUUUUGAGUGCCUGUUACCAUCACCUUAAACCUCCAUUUCACAGUGCCAGAUGGCGUCAUUGAGGAACGGAAGUGUUUCUAGGAGCCAGUGAAGGUGGGCUGUCUCACCAUCUGGCGUAAGACUGUGGGGUAAACCCCACAACUCCCUAGAUUACAGUGCGUCCUAAUUGUCGGUAGUCCACUAUUCAAAGAGUAGGGUCCCAUUUGUGACUCAGUUGAUGUCUGGAGAAGUAGACAUUAUGAUCAUGGACCUCAUCAUGUAUGUUCACAGCUGACUAGGAUGUCCUAGACCACUUUCUCUAGAUGGAAUGACAGAAUUUUCUUAAUAAAACACUGUUUAAUUUGGGCCCAUUUUCUGAUUUCGACAAGUUGGAUUGUAAUGGUAUUACAAACUUGUAUUUUAUUACAACGUUGGUUAUUUAUUGUAAUAUGUUAUCAGUAGCAAAAUACUAGUGUUCCUUAUUUAUUUUUACAUCAAUCAAUAUUUUGAUAUUUUCUUCCCAACCUGCGCUAUCAUUUCAACAUUAACACUGCAUUUUGUUAUAAUUGGCCGACAUGCUCAUUAUUAUCUUUCUUUGUAUUUUAUGUUUUCUUCAGUGUUCUGCAAUGGGUUCGACCGAAGGCACCAAUUUGAGUUCCUAAGAAUGACUGACUUGUCAGUCUUUCCUCUAGCUUGUAGUAAGGCUUUGGUUAUGAGCAAUAAUAAGUGAUAAAAGCUAAACAAUGUAUUUUGAAAAAACAAUAAUGAAACACUGUUAUUGGGAAAAGAUUUGUAAGUGGUUUAUAUCACAGUGCUUUGUUUAUCAUUUACUAGAUCUGUGCCAUUAGUUAGUUGAAUUGUUUUAUUAUUACUAAACUGUAAAAUAAAUUGGGGCUCACUGGAAAAACUAUAUUUCUAUUGGAGUACAAAUAUAUAAGGGCUGCACAUGGAAUCACAAAAGAACAAUGCAUUUAUGUAUUUAUUUUAUCACAAAUAUGACGUAUGAAUACAGUACACUGGUACUUUUUUUAUUUUGUUUCUUCAAAGUAGGCUGCUUUAUAAGUAAUCAUAGUUUGAGUUUCCCAACUUGGAUGUCAAUACUGCACAUUAAUUGUUGUCCUGUGUGAAGAAGUACAAUUAUACACUGUACUUACUUAAAUGCAUUUCUCUGGUUUCUAUAUCAUGUGACAUAUAUCAUAUUUUUGAAGCUUUAUUGUCGUUUCAUUAAAACAUAUAUUCUUUCUGCAUCAUUUGUAGCUAUUGUGUGUACAAAAUGAAAAUGUUUGCCCGUACAUAUGAUCUUACACUAAAAGGACCAUCUUCACCAUGGUCAUUUACUGGGAAAAUGUGCAGAAAUGUUUUGUAAUUCAACUUUUUUGCCUUGUGAAAAUAUGUAAAUAGUUUGAGAUGCAAUGUACAGAGAUGUAUAAAGACUGGUUGGCAAUGAAUUUAGGCUUACUUUUACUAUUAAGUUCCUUUUUUCCAAAGAUGCUGUUUGCAGACCUUUUGUAGCUUGGCCGCUGUAGCUGAAGAGGAAUAGUUGAAAAUAUGAAACUGAUUCCACGGUACAUUUCUGUCAUCUAGACCUGAGCUCUGCAGUGUAAAAUGUUUCAGAAGCAAUAAACUUUGGGGAAAAUC